AUGUCGAGCAAACCAGUGUUAGCUGAGUGGAUUUCGGCUAUGGACUCUGAACUUAACCAAACAAGUAUUACGUUGGAGAAUCCAUCCACAGAAAUCCAAGGUUCAAAAGAUGGUGACGGUGAUAUGGUCCAAUGGCGUGCAAACACUAUGUUCGAACAGGAGCUCGGGACCCUGAUUUCAAUAGAUAUUUUUAAGUUAUUGAUGAAGUCUAAAAGAUCGGAUGUUGUUGCUAUUUUGGAACCAAGAAUUAGUGGUAUUGAUGUUGAUCAAUUUAUAAAGAACUCGGAUUUUGAGUUCUCCUAUCGUGUUGAAGCUUCGGGGUUUUCUGGUGGCAUUUGGAUACUUUGGAAGAAUUCUUUUCAUAUUACUAUCCUGGCUGUUUCACGACAAUAUAUUCAUGUAGCGUGUUCAAUGAUGGAUGGAGAAAAACAAUGCUUUAUUACGUUUGUUUAUGCUAGUCCUGCGAUUGGGAUUAGAAACAGGUUGUGGAGGCAUUUGAAAGAAUUGGAUCCAGUAUUGGGGUUGUCGUGGUUACUUGGUGGGGAUUUUAAUGUUAUUAGUAAUUAUGGUGAACGACAAGGUGGUUCUCAAUGGCGCCAUGGAGUUUGUGCAAAAUUUGGUGAAUUUAUGUUCGAUACAGGGUUGAUUGAUAUGGGGUUUUCAGGUCCAAAGUUCACUUGGAAACGUAGAACCCUUUCUCAAAGGCUGGAUAGGUGUAUUUGCAAUGCUGAGUGGUAUCAUUACUUUGAAAAUUCUGAUGUCUUUCACCUCCAAAAAUUGGGUUCGGAUCAUCGACCCAUACUUCUUAAGUUUGGGGAGCAGCAGGAGGCUUCCCAUAAUCGACCUUUCCGAUACAUUGAUGCUUGGAGUGAUCACCAAGAUUUCCAAAACUUACUGAUGAAUUCUUGGAAAAAUGAUAGAGACUUGUAUGAGAAUAUACUUGAAUUCCAAGCUCAAAGUACCAAGUGGAAUAAAGAGGUGUUUGGGCAUAUUGGGAGGCGUAAGAAUUUGUUGCUUGCUCGAAUCCAUGAAGUUGAAAAAGCAGUGGAUAAUUCCAAUGAUCAUGCUCUACUAGAUCUAGAGACGAGGCUUAAAAAGAAGUUGAACGUAGUUCUCGCUCAAGAAGAAAGCUUGUAG